CCAAUAUCAACUUGCCUUUUUCUGUCCAAUUCCAUGUCACAAAGGAAUAUCAAGUCAGCGUCGUACCCGCUGGUAUCGUAUGCAAGAGCGCAUGACUACGAUCAGCCCUCAAACCCACCUCAGAAACCAAAAUGGAAUGCUAAAUGGAUGCAUCGAACCUUACAAGUUGCUCUCGAUGAAGUUUCUUCAACCAACGGAGCCCCAUUGACAAUUCGUCUACGCGUAUUUCAGUCAUCUUCUUCUACCUCGUACUCCUCUCAGGCUCCUCAAGAAGAAGUUCACGAAGAUAUCGACCUGACUAGGUUUCAGCAUGCUCUAUACGACUCACCCACUAGAAACAUUAUAGACCAGCAUGGACUACCUCUUCGUGCCGCUUACCGUGGAAACCAGCUACUUUUCAGAUACCCACAUCCAUUCUUUGCAACGCAUAACAAUGACCCUCCGACUUAUCGCCGGUUUCAAAUUGUCUUCUAUGCCGCAUCAGAUUGCACCGGAUUCGUCUCUUUGAUAAGCAGGGUUUGUCAAUGUUUGGACAAUAACGACGUGGUCAAGAACAACGCCCGAAGAGUCCCUGGCUCCAUCGCGCGCGGGAGCUCGCCUACAAUGGAGCCCCAAAUGAUUCAUCCCCGCCCUUUCCCGGCCGUUGAGACUCAAGAAGACUUUGUUCCACCAUCUUCGCAGCCUGGCAGUCAAACGAGCCAUUUGAGUCGUUUGUACACGCCUAAGCACUAUUCUCAUAGUCAAGAUACCUCGUAUAGACUCUUUCCAGGCCCCGAAAGUGCCUCAAAUGCUUCGUUUGUCACUCCGUCGACUGUGUCCGUGCCCAAUCCUGGUUCAAUUCCUCAGGGCAGCAGUUAUCGCCCAAGCUCAUCCCAAGGAAACCCCUCUAUUCAAUCUGCUGAGCCUUUUAGGACACCAAUCACUGUUGCGAGUGUUCCUCUGCUUCCAGCACUUGCCCAACAAUAUCAUCAAAACCAACGACCGCAUCAUCCCAGUUCCACACCUGGCCACCUGCCGGCAAUGAAUAACCAAGAGCCUCUAAACACAAACCAGAUCACCGGGGAUUCGGCUCGGUGCACGAAACCAUCCAAUUCCAAACUUGAUGAGCUACUGCAAGGUUUGAAAGAAACCAGAAACAAUGGGUUUGACGUCUCCUGGUCUGAAGCGGAUUCAAGAAGGUUGAUAGCUGAAGUUCUCGCGGAGCCCCAGACGUCGACCUUGAUUGAAUGUGUGUUGAAAGGGAUGAGGCACCCAGUCCCAAACCCCUAGAUAGAUUAUAUGGCAG